AUGGCUUGAUCGACUGGCAGCGAUUAGUUGUUCGUGUACUCUCGAUCAGGAUCGUGUUUUGGAAUCUGGAAGUAUGCAUAAACUAAUCGGAUUACUGGCAGCAUUCGCGUUGUAUCCAACCAACGGCGAAACGACCUUCCGGCAGUACGUCGAGCUAAUGUUUCAGACGGAUUCAAUCUUCGAAACCCUAUGCCUUAGAAAGACCAACGACAGUGCCCAGGCGCAGCGUAUGGUUGCAGCGAAUAUAGAACUGCAAAACUGUGUCAACCGAUAUCAUGACCCGCAAAACUUUACCAACGGCUUGGACCAGCUCACCUUAGAGAGGCGCAAGGAGUUCAUCGACUACAAUUGUGCCGAGUUUGAGGAAAUUAAAAAGUGCUACAUUCCGUUCACGCGCCAAAUGGAGGUGUGCCUCAGCGAGCAAGAUCUCGCGAUGGCCAAAACGCUCAUCAUUCUGGAGAAGGAGUUCGCGUACAUUUGCGAGCGCGAUGGAGCAAACGUCGUCCCGACGCGGCACUCGAAUUAUUCUUUUUGUGCUGGAAAUCUCAGGGAGCUGAUGGAAAACUGUUCCAUGCCGGAGUGGCAACACCUUCGAAGCAAAACGCUCUCCACGCUGACGGAGCAUGAUUGCAGAACUCUUCACAAACUGUCCAGCUGCUUCCAGAACAAUAUCACUCGGUGUGGUGCGCCAUUGUUUACCCAACUCUUCAGCAUACGAUACCGGGACAUCGUUCGUCAAACUUCCUGCAAAGAAAGUAAUUCCAACUAAUCGUCCCAACUUUAAACAAGUUUUUAUCUAAACACUAAAAUAAA